AUGACAGAUCCUGUACCGAUCACGCAGGAUCCGACCAUCUACUCGAGUCAGCAAGACGCCGAGAUCCGGUCGUUGGCCGAGUCCAUUCACUCACAGCAUUCCAACAAUUCCAACAACUCCACAGAGCUUACCAACCCGUAUGUCGAUACCUCUGAUCCAGAGCUCGAUCCCUGGAGCGGCCAGUUCAACAGUCGGAAAUGGUCCAGGACAAUUUUGGGUCUGAAACGACGAUAUGGCACCUCCAAGGAGAUCACUGCCGGCGUGUCUUUCAAAAACCUCGGCGCCUAUGGAUAUGGUGGAGGAGCCGAUUACCAGAAGACUGUGGCCAACGCAGUGCUAGGUCUGGAGGGCGUUGUGCGUACUCUUUUCCAUCUGGAGAAGAAGGAAGAUAAGGUGCAGAUUCUCUCUGACUUCAACGGUGUGCUAUGGCCUGGGGAGACCUGUGUUGUCCUUGGACGACCUGGUUCUGGAUGUACGACUCUGCUAAAGAGUAUUGCUUGCGAGACGUACGGAUUUCAGCUCGACAAAGAGACUGAAUGGAAUUAUCAGGGCAUUCCCCGAAAAAUCAUGCAGAAAACCUGCCGUGGUGAAAUCGUGUACAACGCAGAAGUUGACGUGCAUUUCCCUCAUCUCACAGUCGGAGACACCCUCAUGUUCGCCUCUCUGGCCCGAACUCCCCAGAACCGAUUCGAUGGAGUCACCCGAGAACAGUAUGCAAAGCAUACUCGAGACGUGACCAUGGCCUCUCUGGGUCUGUCUCACACUCUCGACACCAAGGUUGGAAAUGACUUUGUGCGAGGUGUUUCUGGAGGAGAGCGAAAGCGAGUCUCUAUCGCCGAGAGUAUUGUCUGUGGAUCGCCUCUGCAGUGCUGGGACAACAGUACUCGAGGUCUCGAUGCUGCUACUGCCACCGAGUUUCUGCGAUGGCUGCGUCACUCAGCCGAGCUCACUGGCGCCUCCAUGUUUGUGUCUCUCUACCAGGCCUCCCAGGAAGCCUACGAACUCUUUGACAAGGUGACCGUUCUCUACGAGGGUCAGCAGAUCUACUUUGGUCCCGGUGAGCAAGCCAAGCAAUACUUUGAAGAGAUGGGAUUCGAAUGUCCUCAUCGACAGACAACCGGAGACUUCCUCACAUCUAUUACCUCUCCUGCAGAGCGAAUUGUCGCUCCUGGCUUUGAGGGGAAGACCCCUCGAACUGCAUCCGAAUUUGCUGAGCGAUGGAGACAGUCCCAGGCCUAUGCCAACCUUCAGGAGGAGAUUGAGCGAUUCAACACCGAGUUUCCCGUGGGAGGAAACCGAGUUGCCGAUAUCAUGGAGCUCAAACAGGAGAAGCAGAGUGACCAUAUCAAGGUGUCUUCUCCCUACACAAUCUCCAUCCCCAUGCAGGUCAAGCUGUGCUUGACCCGAGGCUUCCAAAGACUCAGAGGCGAUCUCAGUAUGGCUCUGACCACUGUCUUGGGUAACUUUGUCGUUGCUCUCAUUCUCUCGUCUAUGUUCUACAACAUGCCCGAAGACACAUCGUCCUUCUUUUCCCGAGGAGCUCUUCUAUUCUUUGCCAUGUUGAUGAACGCCAUGUCUUCUGUUCUUGAAAUCAUUGUCCUUUACGAACUUCGUCCCAUUGUGGAAAAGCACCAGAGAUACGCCAUGUACCACCCCUUCUGUGAAGCGUUAGCGUCAAUUAUCUGCGACUUCCCCACCAAAUUCCUCACCAUGCUUUGUGUCAACGUGACUCUUUACUUCAUGUCCAACCUGCGACGAGAAGCCGGUCCUUUUUUCAUCUUCUUCCUCUUCACACUCCUAUGUGUUUUGGCCAUGAGUAUGAUUUUCCGAACCAUUGCAGCUGUCACCAAAACUCUUCAGCAGGCCCUUGCUCCCGCAGCUGUCAUUAUUCUCGCCCUUAUCAUCUACACAGGCUUCACUCUCCCCAUUAGCUACAUGCGAGGAUGGGCACGGUGGAUCAACUAUAUUGACCCGAUUGCCUACGGCUUUGAAGCGGUCAUGGUCAACGAGUUCCGAAACAGAGAAUUCCCUUGUGCCCUUUUCAUCCCACAGCAGUCCACAUACGACCAGCUGGGAUCUCCUUACCAGGGCUGUAUGGCCGUUGGAGCAAAGCCUGGAGAGCGUUUUGUCAACGGAGACCGGUACUUGGAAAUGGCCUUUGAUUACUCGCAGGCUCACUUGUGGCGAAACCUGGGUAUCAUGUUUGGCUUCAUUCUCUUCUUUGCGUUCACCUACCUGACUGCCGUCGAGUUCAUCCAGUCUGCCAAAUCCAAGGGUGAGGUUCUGGUGUUCCUGCGAUCUUCUCUCAAGCAGCGAAAGAAGCGAGCUCAUCUGAUGGAUGUCGAGGCCAAUGCUGAGAAGGUUGGUGCAGCUCAGGAUAGAGAGAUUCUUGUUCAGCAGGAGGAGGGUCAGCAGGAAGAGACUUCCUCGUGUACCCCCUCCGAUUCUACCCCCAAGGAUAUCUUCCAAUGGAAGGAUGUGUGCUACGACAUCAAGGUAAAGGGCGGAGAAAAGAGACUACUGGAUAACGUGGACGGAUGGGUCAAGCCAGGUACUCUAACAGCCCUCAUGGGCUGCUCUGGAGCCGGUAAAACCACUCUUCUGGAUGUUCUGGCUGACCGAAAGGCCACUGGUGUGAUUACUGGAGACAUGCGAGUCAACGGACAGAAGCGGGACGCCUCUUUCCAGAGAAAGACAGGUUACGUGCAACAGCAGGAUCUCCAUACUGCUACUUCCACCGUUCGUGAAGCUCUCGAGUUUUCUGCUCUUCUGCGACAACCUUCCAAUGUGCCCAAGGCCGAGAAGAUUGCCUAUGUUGACGAAGUCAUUGAUAUUCUGGAGAUGCAGGCCUAUGCUGAUGCUGUUGUCGGUGUCCCCGGUGAAGGUCUCAACGUUGAGCAGCGAAAGCGACUAACUAUCGGUGUAGAGCUUGCUGCCAAGCCUGAACUCCUGCUGUUCCUUGAUGAGCCCACUUCCGGUCUUGACUCCCAGACUGCCUGGUCAAUCAUCUGUCUGCUGAAGAAACUAGCCAACCGAGGCCAGGCUAUUCUGUGUACUAUUCAUCAGCCCUCUGCCAUUCUCUUCCAAGAGUUUGACCGUCUUCUGUUCAUGACUCUGGGAGGUAAGACUGUUUACUACGGAGAUAUCGGAGCCAACUCGUCUGCAUUGAUCAACUACUUCGAGUCCAAGGGUGCCGAUCCUUGUCCUGAAGAGGCUAACCCUGCUGAAUGGAUGCUUGCUGCUAUUGGAGCUGCCCCCGGAAGUAUUGCCAAGCACGAUUGGGCUGUAGUCUGGAACGAGAGUGAAGAGCGAGCCCGAGAGCGAGAUCUGCUUGAUAAGAUGGCCGAGGAGCUUGCUGCUCAGAGUACUCAUGAUGAGAAGAACGAGCUGGUAACCUCCAAGAGCGUCGGAAGCUCCCAGACCUCCUCUUCGUCAUACUCUGCCAAGUCCCAGUACGCCACAUCUCAGGCUACUCAGCUGUACUACCUUACCAAGCGACUGUGGACCUACUACUGGCGAUCUCCCCGAUAUAUCUGGUCCAAGCUACUCAUGUCCAUUGCCUCUGCCCUGUUUAUUGGUUUCUCUUACUACAAGGCGUCACAAGACAUCCAGGGUCUCCAGAACCAGAUGUUUGCCUUCUUCAUGCUUUUCCUCAUCUUCGUCAUCAUCAUGGUCCAGAUUCUGCCCCAUUUCGUGGCCCAGCGAGAACUCUACGAGGCGCGAGAGCGAUCUUCCAUGGCUUAUUCGUGGCAGGCUUUCAUGGGCUCUAACAUCCUCGUCGAGCUUCCCUGGCAGACUCUGGUGGCAGUUCUUGUCUUCUUCUGCUUUUACUACCCCAUUGGCCUGCAGAAUAACGCUACUGGCCAUCUUGGCGAACGAGGAGCCCUCUUCUUCCUCUUGCUCUGGUCCUUCUACGUCUACAACUCCACUUUUGCUCACAUGAUGGGAGCCGCCUUCGAGAACAAGGAGAACGCAGCCACCAUUGGUUACCUGCUCUUUGCUCUCUGUCUGAUCUUCUGUGGUGUUCUGGCCACCAAGGAGGACAUGCCCCACUUCUGGAUCUUCAUGUACCGAGUGUCUCCGCUGACUUACCUCAUUUCCGGCCUCCUCAGUGCAGGUGUCGGAGAGACCAGAGUUGAGUGCACCGAUAACGAGCUUGUCCUGUUCAAGCCCAUGAACGGAACCAACUGUGGAAAAUACAUGCAUCCGUUCAUGGAGGGUCUUGGACACACAGACAUGCCCAUGGGCUAUCUGGUCGACCCAUCCGCCACCGACAUGUGUGGAUAUUGCCCCAUUUCCAACACCAACGGCUACCUUGACCAGAUUGAUGUCAAGUACAGUCAGCGAUGGCGAAACUAUGGCAUUCUGUUUGCCUACCCUGCCUUCAACGUCUUUAUGGCUUUUGCUUUCUACUAUAUCUUCCGAGUCCCCAAAAAGUCUCGAAAGCAGAAGGCCUAG